CUUUGUGAGCUGGAAGCCCGGGCUCUCCUUCAGCUUUCCAAGUGAGGAAGAAGGGAAGCAAGGAGGAGAGGAGGGAGCCCGCCAUGGCCGAGAAGUGCGACUGCAUCGCCAACGUCUACGGCUACGACCUGGGCUGCCGCUUCGUCAACUUCAGGCCCUUGGGUUUCGGGGCCAACGGGUUGGUGCUCUCAGCCCUGGACAGCAAGAGCUGUCGGAAGGUGGCAGUGAAAAAAAUCAACAUCAGUGAUGCCAGGAGCAUGAAGCACGCCUUCAGGGAGGUCAAAAUCAUCCGUAGGUUGGAGCACGAAAACAUCGUCAAAGUCUACGAGGUGUUGGGGCCCAAAGGCACCAACCUCCAAGGGGAUUUUUUUAAGUUCAACGUGGUCUACAUCGUCCAGGAGUACAUGGAGACAGACCUGGCACGACUCCUGGAGCAAGGGAAGCUCGCUGAAGAGCACGCCAAGCUCUUCAUGUACCAACUGCUCCGGGGGCUGAAGUACAUCCACUCCGCCAACGUCCUCCACCGAGACCUCAAGCCUGCCAAUAUUUUCAUCAGCACAGAGGACCUGGUGCUGAAAAUUGGGGACUUUGGGCUGGCCAGAAUCGUGGAUCAGCACUACUCACACAAGGGUUACCUUUCUGAAGGCUUAGUGACCAAGUGGUAUCGCUCCCCUCGCCUCCUCCUCUCACCAAACAACUACACCAAAGCCAUCGACAUGUGGGCAGCUGGCUGCAUCCUGGCUGAGAUGCUGACAGGAAGGAUGCUCUUUGCUGGGGGUCACGAGCUGGAACAGAUGCAGCUUAUCCUGGAGACAAUCCCUGUUAUCCAUGAGGAGGAUAAAGAGGAGCUGCUCAAAGUGAUGCCCACCUUUAUCAACAGCACCUGGGAAGUGAGGAAACCUCUGCGCAAGCUGCUCCCCGAGGUGGAUGCUGAAGCUAUUGAUUUCCUGGAGAAGAUCCUGACAUUUAACCCCAUGGAUCGACUGACAGCUGAGAUGGGGCUGCAGCAUCCUUACAUGAGUCCCUAUUCCUGCCCUGAGGAUGAGCCAGUGUCUCAGCAUCCCUUCAGGAUUGAGGAUGAGAUUGAUGAUAUUUUACUGAUGGAAGCCAACCAGAGUCAGAUGGCAAACUGGGACAGGUGCUGGAGCAGGUAUCAUGUCAGCCUCUCCUCUGAUUUGGAAUGGAGACAAGAGAAAUACCAGGAGAUGGAUGAGGUCCAACGGGAUCCCCGGGCAGGAUCCGAAUCCAUCGCUGAAGAAGCACAAGUUGAUCCACGGAAAUAUUCACAGAGCAGCUCAGAGAGGUUCUUGGAGCUCUCUCACUCAUCCAUGGACAGAGUGUUUGAUGCUGAUUGUGGGAAAUCGUGUGAUUACAAAGUGGGGUCACCAUCCUACUUGGACAAAUUGCUAUGGAGAGAUAAUAAACCCCAUCAUUACUCAGAGCCCAAGCUGAUCUUAGAUUUAUCCCACUGGAAAAAAGCAACAAUAGCACCUGCAGCUGAGCUGUCUCUGGAAGAAGAACCAUCCAACCUUUUCCUGGAGAUUGCUCAGUGGGUGAAGAGCACUCAGGUGGGUAUUGAGUGUCCCAAUCCUCCUCCUCCAGAGGUUCAGGAACAGAACCUGCCACUUUCUCCUCCCCAUCUCCACAAAGAACCCCCCCCAGUGGUGAGCAGUGAGACAGACCCUGACUUUGACUUGGACGUCUUCAUCUCCAGGGCACUGAAACUUUGCACAAAACCUGAGGAUCUUCCAGACAACAAACUCAAUGACAUCAAUGGGGCCUGCAUACCUGAGCACCCCGGAGAGAUUGUACAAACAGAGGUGUUCCAGAAAGAGAGAUGGUGAGGAACUUAACACCUGGUUGUAUCUCCUUGUUCCUCUCUGAUGGUGUGGAGUGGUUUCCAUCUGUCACUGAGCAUCUGUUUUUUCACCCUGUCCCCCAUGCCUUUCUCUGAAAAGGCCAACACAAACCACCUGCCCCUUCUGAUGCCUUAGAAAUACCUUUGAGGGAAGCAAGAGGUGUGAAUGAAAUACUGAGUUUUAUUCUACUGCCUUAACUCUUGCCUUGCA